AUGGGCUUCUCUCUUGCACCUCUCGCACAUCUCUUUAAAAUGUCAGACUCGGAUUCGGACACGGCAUCUCAACACGAUUCCCAUGCUUCUCCUGCUGUCCUUAUCAAAAAUAUCGUCAAGGACUUGUUUUCAUAUGACACGGUUAGACGUCGACGAAUCCUCGAGUUUUAUUUCGUGAAGGAUGCAAUUCUGACAACACCCCUGAUUGCUGCACAUGGUGUGGAUGCCAUAUCAAAUAUUGGCAGCAUUUGGCAGAACAUCAAUCGAAGCGAACCCACUAUCACCAACAUUGUGUUUGACGGUCGUACAGCCGUUGUCCAUUAUAUUCAGAAUAUAUCGCCCGCCGUACUACCCUCUCGUUACACCCUGCGUGUACCAGCCAUUACAACGUUACACUUUAAAGAGCAGGAUGGUCUGAUCAAGAUCUACAGGCAAGAUGAUAGCUGGACUAUGGAAGGCCUUAUGCAAUCGAUCCCUGGUGCUAACUUUUGGUAUAAUCGCAUCCUACGAGUAGCUAUGGGUAAAAUGGCAUCCAUGAUUGGCGAUACUUUCCAGGAUACCGCAUCAUGGCAACAACACAUGUAUUCGACCGCUUGGGAGGAACAAGAGGAAAUCGUUGUGGAUGAUAGUAAACACGCUUACUGGCAAAAGUUUGAGGAAGCCGAGGAAAAGAAACGAUCCACUACCAACGAGCUUGUGGAAGGCAUGAUUGUACUCGAGGACGCGUAA